AGGCAUUAUGCAAAGGCAUCUGAGGUGAAAGAAAUCAGGAAGAUUAUUGUUGAGAUACUGACGAAGACACUGAAUGGAAUUGAAGUAGAGAAACUGGUUAAGAUUCUAUCAACUGACAAUCUGGUGAGGGAGAUUGAGACGAAAUGCAGUUCGAUUUAUCCAGUAGUAGCAAUGGUAAGAAAAGUAAAGACCAUUAAAAAUAUGCAAUGCAUCAGAAACAAGAUAAAGGGAGAAGAAGAGGAAGCAAAGAACGAAUUUGAAGGAUGUGAAAGUGACUAA